CGUAUUUCCUUUUUGCAUCUUUAAGCUCCAACAAUCACCUGGUUCCGCUAAAACAGGCUAAUGAUCGUCUGUAGGUGACGGUUUAAAAGUAACGGGCCUGAUGGAAGAAACGUGAAUCGUCCUCAUGGCGAAUGAUUUGGUGAACAAACAAGUGUAAUCUGCAACAUUCGUGAACAUUUUGAUGUAUAAUAUUAGUAGUAGUACCAGCUGUUUCCCUUCCAGAUAAAUGUGGUCUUGUUUCGAAUGUGGGAACCGAUAUACGGUAGUUUUUGUUUUACCCGACGGAGCACGAAGGCGCACAAAGUUCACUCGUUUCCUUGGUAACAGGAUUACGUACGCUAGUGAGCAGUUUAGCCGACAUGGACAUCAGGGAGCCGGGUGUUAGCAGAAGGGCAGUGCUCACCUGUGUGCUCGCUUUAUCUUCUCAGAAAUCCGGAGUAGUGGAGACAACAUGGUAAACGUGUUCGAUACGGACGAGGAGCACUUUGCUAUUUCCAGUUCCUCGGCUGCAGACACGGCCUUCGAUGGAGUUAUUGGCUGCAUAGAGGACAUCAUCAUGGAGGACGACUUCCAGCAGAUUCAGCAGAUUUUCAUGGAGAAACAUUACCGUGAGUUUGAUGACUCUGAUGAGAACAAGCUCAGCUACACGCCCAUCUUUAAUGAAUAUGUUGACCUGCUGGAAAAAUACCUGGAGCAGCAGCUGAUGGAGAGAAUUCCCGGCUUCAGCAUGGACACCUUUAAAGAGUUACUCAUGCAGCACAAGGAGGAAGUGUCAGGUGACAUCUUUGACAUGUUGCUUACGUUCACUGACUUCAUGGCUUUCAAGGAGAUGUUUCUGCAAUAUAGAGCUGAAAAGGAGGGCCGGUGUCCAGACCUGAGUCAGGGACUGGUGGUCACAUCUCUGAACCUUGGAGGCUCCAAGCAUGCUGACUUUAAUGAAUCUCAGUGAAUCUCUGGAAAAUUGUUCCAGGGCCUUAAUGAAAGUGUUCGAUUCAGAGUCUUUUAACGUAAAUCUUCCGUCUGUAACGGAUAAUUUAUAUUUGUUUCUCUGCGUUUUAUGUAGAGGGGUCAGUGGAAGAGCCUCUGUGUCUGUUUGCCAUGAAAGUUUGAAGGUUUUGCCCACUUUCUGUUAACAAUCACUCGACUGCAUGUGACUCCUUGAAAAGUUAAUAUUUCUUCAACUGUAAUUCACAUUUUCAUGCUUUCACUCGUGUGCAGUGAUUCUGUUUAGCUUUUACUGGAACGGCCUGUUUGAAACAGGAAGUCGAGUAUUUCUGUCCCUGUGCUGUGAAACAAACAUGCUUCGUUUUUCAGAAAGUAGUAAAGUAGAACUAAUAUAUGUUUCAUGGACGUAUAAAUUAUAUUAACAGUCUUUAAGUUUCGAACUUGUCAAAGUGACGUUUAAUGUAAAAUGAUUGUGUGUGUCUGCAGUUAGUUUUUGGUACAAAUUGUUUUUUACGUGUUUAGAAAUGUUUCAUUUUCCAAGUAUAUUUAUUUCUCCGGUGAAA